AUGGAAGUAUUAGGACUUAGUGAGGUGAGAUGGUUUGAUUUCGGAGAGCUGAAAACAAGUGAUGGUCUGACCCUUUUGUAUUCUGGCUGGCCAGAGGAAGAUGGCGCGGUCCAUAGAGAUGGGGUAGGAAUUCUUCUCACUACAAAAGCAAGGCAGAGUCUCAUGGAUUGGAAGCCUGUCUCUGAAAGAAUUAUAACUGCACGAUUCAAUAGCAAAAUCCGCAACAUCUCUGUUAUCCAAUGCUAUGCCCCAACAGAGGUAUCAGAGAUCGAGAAAAAAGAUGAAUUUUAUGCUCUGCUAGCUGAGACUGUUAAGAAAUCGCCUAAAAGAGAUCUUAUUAUUAUAAUGGGUGACUUCAAUGCUAAGGUUGGUCCAAUCAAUGAAGGUGUGGAGCACGUCAUGGGAACCCAUGGUGAAGGUCAAGUUAAUGAUAAUGGUGAAAGAUUCAUUAACUUCUGUGAUGAAUAUGAACUGGUCAUUGGAGGUACAAUUUUCCCUCAUAAGAGAUGCCAUAAGGUUUCAUGGGUCUCCCCUGAUAAUGCAACAGAGAACCAAAUAGAUCACAUAGCAAUUAGCAGAAAAUUCAGAGGAUGCCUUACAAACGUCCGAAACAAGCGAGGGGCAGAUGUAGGAAGUGACCACCAUCUGAUUAUGGCAGAAUUUCGCAUGAAAAUCAUGACAUGUGCUCAGAAAUUUGCUAAAAGAGGGAGAAAGUUUGACCUUGGGAAGCUUCAAGAGAACAGUAUCAGAGGUGAUUUUCGACUACAACUUCAAAACCGCUUUGAGGCCCUACAGAUGACACCCAAUGUAGAUAUAGCAUGGGGAGAGAUACAAGAAAUCUUCACUAAGACAAGUGAAGAAGUUCUUGGUAUAAGGACCCCCAAAAAAAGGAGUGGAUGUCAGAGGAUACUUGGAAGGAAAUUGCAAGACGGAAAGAGUUGA